UGCGGAGGGGUGGAAUUGGAGGUCGCAAAUGUAUGAUGGAGCAACACUACCUAGGUAGGUAAUUCAGGUCGUCUGAUUGGCUUUCUUUCGUGGGGGAGCUUCAAUCAACCACCAGAAAGCAAAUUUAACAGAGACAGCAGGGUCAGAACUUCGACGCCUAGUUUCACAUAUAUAAUCGAGUUUUAAUCCCUGAUCGAGAGAAAAUACGCUAGCUUCGAGCCCGAAUGAGCUUCCACUGUAAUCAUCAAACCUGCCUUCUCCUCCCACAGCAAACCUCCUCUUCAAGCUCCCACAAACCUCCAAAAUGUUCCGAACAGCUCUUCUCAGAUCAGCACGUAGCGCUACCCGCCAGGCAGCCCAGAAAUCAGGAGCAAUCGCACGCCCUGCGUCGCAAAGCUACCUGCUCUCACAAUCCCGAUUCGCCCCGUCCGCUUUCCAGGCUGUAAGAUGUUACUCUGCUGCUGCGGGAUUGGCAAAGCCAGAGGUUGAGGGCAGAAUAGUCGAUUUACUGAAGAACUUUGAUAAGGUCACCGAUCCUUCGAAGCUUACACCUACUUCCCACUUCUCGAACGACCUUGGUUUGGACAGCUUGGAUACUGUCGAGGUUGUGAUGGCCAUUGAAGAGGAGUUCAGUAUUGAGAUCCCAGACAAGGAGGCAGAUGCUAUCCACAGUGUUGACAAGGCGGUUGAGUACAUUCUUGCGCAACCAGACGCUCAUUGAACGAUGGAUUUGUAUAUUAGGGGAAUUGGACGUGGAGGGGAGACAGGAGACUCGGAUACUAAAUGUGGAGGGACUAUGUCCGGAAAUCUUGUACAGAUUCAGCAUGCCUAGAGAAGCAUAUUGAAUCUAUGCGCCUGUAAAAAUGUUUAGAAC